AUGAACUUACUUACUCUGGUGCAGCAACAACGUCAGCGCUUCGUGGGGACAAUUUCUCAUUCUAUUCGGGCUACAAAUAACCCAAAGCUUAUGAAAAAACCUCUGAAAGGUCGUUUCCAGGCGAUAACACUGACGGACAGUGCACUUCAGCGAGCUAAAGAGCUUCUUAAUCAGGAGCCAAAGGCGAUUGGCCUUCGUAUUGGUGUUCGAACACGUGGGUGCAACGGCCUCUCUUAUACCCUUGCAUUUUGUACUGAAAAAGAAAAGGGAGAUGAGGUAGUGGAGCAGGAUGGCGUCAAAAUAUUUAUCGACAGGAAAGCACAACUAACACUCCUUGGGUCAGAAAUGCACUUCCAAAAAACUUUGAUUUCAAGCGAAUUUAUUUUUAACAAUCCAAAUGUGAGAGGAACUUGUGGAUGCGGCGAGAGUUUCUCAGUAUGA